GGGGGAGACGCGGCACUUCUGUUCAUAAAGCUCUCAUUUUCUUUUGGUUUCCUAAAAUAACCUAGGAGACUGGAAGGCGCUGUUUCCCUGGAAAGAUUAUUCCCACGUAGAAUAAAUACGUAUUGCCCUGCCGUUGGCUCCUGCCAGCUGCCUGGGUGGCUGACAUUUAGGGGGCGGAAGGGGGGGCCUUAAAUCUGUUCCCACGGGGCUCCUCAGAUAAAAGUUGCAGAGCAAAUGGCACUGCGGCUUUAACUGAAUGGAUCCAGCCAAAAGCCUCUGACAUUCAUUUCCUGCUACUGGUGCUGCUGCUGCGUGGCAGAGAGUCCAAAGAUAGAUCAAGGGGAAGAAAAACACAAUAUGAGAACCAGUUCAAAAGUAGAGUGGGAUUUCAGCUCCCGCAGCCCCGGGAAGCACAUGGAAAGCUGCGCCGAUGAGCAGUGGGAUGUUAAAUGAUUCCAGCCCUCAGCUGAUGGAAACUGGCUUUCAGAAGGCUGAGCCAUACUGGAAAAAGCAUCUCAAUGUCCUGCAACCCCUGCCUUUUCUUGUUCAGCUUCUUAAGCUUUGGUCUUGCCAGAAACCUCGUAAGCGGGCAGAACAGCACGCUCUUGUUCCCCAAGGACAACAACGUUCGAAACUGCAGCUGCUCCACCGAAAUCAAGAGCUGUGAGUACAGCCUGGCCAACCUCAUGUGCAACUGCAAAUCCCAGUACCCGUCCAGAAUCAGUUACACGGGUGACCUGGUGGUCUGGUUCACCAACACGUCCAUCCUUGGCCAGCUGCUCAACUUUACCCUGGUGCAGGAUCUCAAGCUGUCGUUAUGUGGGGCUUUGCCUCUGCCAACCGAUUACUUGGCCAUCAUUGGCCUCCGACGCUUAGAAGUCCACACUGCCAACUCAACUGAGCAGAGGCUGAUCAUAUACAACCACGACAUGAAACCCAUGGACAAGACCUCCCAGCACCCCAGAGAAAAGACAUCCUUGUUCCACAUUUCUUAUCUGGAUACCUCCCUUUUUAACGGACAGUCCUUGAAGGCAUACAGCGUGGAGGAUGUUUCCAGCAUUAAUGAGCAGUUCCCAAACCUGCCGUACCCCAAUGCAUUCUCAGUAACAAACACCAGCUAUGUGGUAACACUGAUCUACUGACACCCAGAGGUGGGAAGUGAUGGCACAAUGGCAGCCAAUCAGUAGACUCUGUAUGAGUCAGACUCAACAGUUCAACUCAAGGGAUCUACAACCCUCAGCUGAGAAUAUGAUGCAUAUGACAUCAAUGUACAUGUUCCUCUAGCAUUUGUUGUUAUGUUGAACCCAGGAUCUUCAAAUUGUGCUUCUUAAUCUGCUAUUAAUAAAUAAGUCCCAACAUGCAA